UAGAUAAAGAAUUUGACCAUGCUAAUGAUGAUGGAAACGAAACUAAUAUUCCAGUCACUAUGGAUGACGUUUUCAAAGAGAUUGAGUCUUUGAGACAUAGAUACAGAAUUUCUAAAAUAGCUGCCAACCCCGUUUCGAGAAAAUAUGGAUUUGAGUUAUCGGACGUACCUGUGAUUGUAA